CCAAAUUCCAAUCAGAAUUGAAAUCCCUAACUCCCAUCUCUCAACUCUCGUCAGUCGUCUCUCAUCUCUCAGCUCGUCGUCCGUCGUCUCUUAAGUUCAGGCCAGCCGUUACCCGCUGCUCAGUCCUCCUCGCUGAGUGCUCGCAUUGGCCACUGCUCAGUGCUCGCUCGCGAGUCGCGCCUCGAAGGCACAAUUCUUUUAGUUGGAAGACUAUACAAUGCCGCUGGGACUGUUAUUAGGUUUAGGGAGAUCUUUCAGAAGAAAGCGUACUUCAUCUCUUGAUAUUCUUACUACAAAAAAGGUUCCUCGGGGCUUCUACAAGGGAAAAAAUUGCAAGCCUACUGGUUUUCACACUCGCAAAGGUGGUUAUGUUAUUGUGCAAGAGAAGCUGCCUAACUACGUAGUUCCAGAUUUGACCGACUUCAAGCUGAAGCCAUAUGUAUCCCAAUGCCCGAUAGGAACUACAAGUGCAAGUACGGAGGCAAACAAAACUGCAAAAUAAGAAAGAAAGGAGAAAAAUGAUGAACACUUCCUCCCCCUCUUCAAGGAUAUUUAGGUUUUCUGUGUUCAUUUUCUAGCUUAACAUGAAGACAACGACUUGUUUGAUCCGUUACAACGUCUACUUUUGUUGGGAUAAAAAAGUUGUCUUUUUCCUUUUCCCUUUUUAGGUACUCAUCUUUUUCAUCUAAACAUGUCAUGGGUGACAUGAUCACUCUUGUUUGAUGCCUUUGUAGAUUAACUAGUUUGGUUGAAUACCCCUUUGGACCAGAAAACGGCGAGGUUGUUAGGAUGGGAAUAAUAUCAGUAGGAGGAAUAAUUUUUGCA